AUGCAGCUGGUGCCACGAGAGCUCGAUAAACUUACCAUCGCCCAGCUGGGCUUCCUGGCCCAGCGGAGGCUGGCCCGUGGUGUGAGACUCAAUCAUGCAGAAGCCGCGGCAUUGAUCGCUUCUAACAUUCACGAGCGACAGCUUAUUCGAGAUGGCCAUCAUUCCGUGGCAGACCUUAUGUCAAUUGGCCAGGAGAUGCUCGGACGCCGUCAUGUUCUCCCAUCGGUGCCGUCAACGCUGAAGCAGAUCCAGGUCGAAGGCACAUUUUUGACAGGCUCGAACCUUGUCACUGUGGUGAAUCCCAUUUCAUCUAACGAUGCAGAUCUGCGGAAAGCUCUCUAUGGCAGCUUUUUGCCCAUACCACCAGAGGAAACGUUCCCAGAUCCUGAUCCUGAUGACUACCGGUUAGAGAAAAGGCCAGGUGCUGUGAUACCCGUGAAAUCAGAGGAGGGAAUUCACCUGAAUGCUGGGCGAAAAAGAAUAACUUUGAGGGUGACAAGUAAGGGGGAUCGGCCAGUUCAGGUUGGCUCGCACUACCAUUUCAUUGAGGUGAACCCUCAGCUUGCUUUCGAUCGCAUCAAGGCAUACGGGUUUCGUCUCGAUAUUCCAGCUGGCACAUCGGUCCGUUUCGAGCCAGGAGAAGUCAAGACAGUUACCCUCGUUGAGAUUAGUGGCACAAAAUCUAUCAGAGGUGGUAACCACAUUGCUUUUGGCGUAGUAGACUAUUCACAAGCCGAUACGAUACAUCAGCGGCUCCAGAGAGCCGGAUUCGCCCACACUCCAGCGCCACGGAAAGACUUAAGUUUUAUAGAGCCUUUUUUUAUGACCAGAGAGGCCUAUGCACGAAUGUUUGGUCCCACCACGGGAGACUUGGUCAGACUUGGAGCUACAAACCUAUGGAUCAAGGUCGAGAAGGAUUUUACUCACUAUGGUGAUGAGUGUACGUUUGGUGGUGGUAAGACUAUAAGAGAUGGCAUGGGACAAGCUUCAGGAAGGGCUCCAACUGAUUGCUUGGACUCAGUCAUCAUAAAUGCACUUGUUAUUGACUGGACAGGAAUUUAUAAAGCCGAUAUAGGCAUAAAAGAUGGGAACAUAGCCGGCAUAGGCAAGGCUGGGAACCCCGAUGUAAUGUAUGGUGUCUCAAAGAACAUGAUAAUUGGCUCUUCCACGGACGUUAUAGCAGGAGAAGGAAAAAUAGUUACCGCUGGCGGUAUUGAUACCCAUGUCCAUUUUAUUUGCCCGCAACAGAUUCAAGAGGCUCUUGCUUCCGGUAUUACCACCAUGCUCGGUGGUGGUACAGGUCCGAGUGACGGCUCCAACGCAACAACCUGCACGCCAUCUCCAUUUCACUUCAAGAGGAUGAUGCAAGCCUGUGAUUCCUUGCCCAUGAAUAUCGCUCUCACAGGGAAAGGGAAUGACAGCUUAGUCCCUUCUCUUGAAGCUCAGUGCCUUGCUGGUGCCGCCGGGUUAAAAGUACAUGAGGAUUGGGGCUCUACACCAGCGGUCAUUGAUACGUGCCUCCGGGUCUGCGACGAAUUCGAUGUCCAGUGUCUUAUUCAUACUGAUACCCUCAACGAGUCGGGCUUUGUCGAACAAACGAUCGCAGCAUUCAAGGAUCGUGUCAUCCACACAUAUCAUACUGAGGGGGCUGGAGGUGGUCACGCCCCUGAUAUCAUCUCCGUUGUCGAACUUCCAAACGUUCUUCCCAGCAGUACUAACCCAACCCGUCCCUAUACGACUAACACCUUGGACGAACACCUCGACAUGGUAAUGGUUUGUCACCAUCUAUCAAAGGAUAUCCCUGAAGAUGUAGCUUUCGCAGAAAGCCGAAUUCGGGCCGAGACCAUUGCUGCUGAGGAUGUUCUUCACGACACAGGCGCCAUUAGUAUGUUAUCCUCGGACUCUCAAGCCAUGGGCCGCUGUGGAGAGGUUAUAACCCGAACGUGGAACACUGCUCAUAAAAAUAAAGCUGAACGCGGAUCACUUCGUGAAGAUGAGGGCACAGGAGCAGACAAUUUCAGAGUUAAGCGAUAUGUUAGCAAAUAUACCAUUAACCCUGCUAUUGCUCAGGGCAUGAGCCAUAUUAUUGGGAGCGUGGAAGUGGGGAAAAUAGCAGAUUUAGUACUCUGGAAAUUUGCAAAUUUUGGAACAAAGCCAACAAUGAUUUUAAAGUCAGGCAUCAUUGCUGCCUCCUGCAUGGGCGAUCCGAAUGGCUCUCUUCCAACCAUUGAGCCGGCUAUCAUGAGACCUAUGUUUGGUAGCCUUACGCCUGAGACUUCUAUUAUGUUUGUUUCCGAAGCUUCUAUUGCACAUGGCGUCAUUGAUAGCUACAACCUCAAGAAACGCGUCGAAGCAGUGAAGAACUGUCGGAAUAUCAGUAAAACGGAUAUGAAAUUUAACGAUUCAAUGCCGAGGAUGUAUGUGGACCCGGAAACUUAUCUUGUCAAAGCUGAUGGGGAACGAUGCGUGGCUGGACCAGCGGCAGAAUUGCCUUUAACACAGCAGUAUUAUAUUUAUUAA